AUGAACGUCGAUGGGUCCAGCAACAAUUCGGACGGCGAAGUUUCGAAGCUACCGGGGGGUGCAAGCGGCACUGGGACUCCAGGCAUUGUUUCCGAGAAACCUGCCGGCGCAGCUGCGGAGUCAGUCAAUGAAACCAGUGAAGCCGGUCAGUCGGAUCAGGGAUCGAAACCGGUACCAGAAGCGGCCGCAGGGGAGCAGGCCGACAUGGCACCUGUCGGCCAUCCGGUUUCCGCUCAGGUCGUUUUUUACGACCAGCCAACCUUCCCCGGCCAUUUCUACGUGGCGGAUUGUCGCAGGUGGAUGAGCGUGGUGCGCGGAGGAGUAGAGGACGGUUCAGAUGGGUCGGAAGGGCUAGACGAGGAAGGACUGGGAGGCGGGGCGGGUGGGCGUGUGGCUGCGGUCAUUCUGGGCCACCUCGGGGCACAUCGAACCCCCCAGAACGCAGAGAGCCAAGUCCCGCGGAUACAGCGUUCCCUUCCACAAGCUCAACAUGGCUCACGCCCUCGCUACUGCCUCGACAUCCCUCGCAACCGCUUCAAACACCCUCGGAUCUGCCACCACCUCUAUAGGAACCUCUAUCAGCACUACGACCUCUCGCACUCUGGAUAG